CAAAUUAAACUUACGUGGUUGAUUCGGUAUGGUUGCACAAUGACAAGUAAUAUUGAUAAUCGAAGCUAGCCUGAUGGCUUUAAGAUGUAACAACAUGUCGGCAGAAUAUAUACCCGGUGUUGAGGCAGGUACGGAAGACGGUAGAAUCAGUAGCAACACAUUACAUAGUCACAAAAUAGAUAUUGAUUGUGACACUGGUCACUCACAAGAGGGGGUACAACGUAUCGAAAUCCUGGACUUCGGAAACGAAGGUUUUCUGUUAUAUAAACUUCUGACAGAGUCCGAAUGUACAUAUAUUAUUAACGAAGGAGAGAAAAUAGGAUUUGGAGCAAUACGGGGAGCCCAAGAUAACUACAGAAGUGCCCAGAGGAUCAGUAUAGACAGCCAGUCCUUAGCUGACCUGCUGUGGACCCGGAUACAGGGCUAUCUGGAGGAAUUAGACAUCUCUAGCGACCCACACUCUCAUCAUAUACAUGGUAUACCGUGUGUGGUCGAAGGUAAAUGGGUCCCAGUUGGGCUCAACAAGUUAUUCCGCCUGUGCCGGUAUCACCCCGGUGGCCACUUCGCCCCACACUUUGACGGGUUCUUUGAGGAAGAUUCCAAACACCGAUCGAUGAAGACUUUGAUGGUUUACCUCAACGGAGAUUUCACAGGAGGCAGCACCAACUUCGUAGACGAGAGUCAGACACUGCACAUGGAUGAAACAGGGAAGUACUGUGCGGAGGAGGAGAACAUACUGUGCAAGAUACAACCAGAGGCUGGAAUGGCCAUCAUUUUUAACCAUCAUCGUCUUCACGAGGGCCAAAAACUCGGAGAUAAUAAGAAAUACAUUCUACGAACAGAUAUAAUGUAUAAAAAAGUCAGCGAGGACAACAUUGGCCACAAAGACGAAAAAGCUCUAGCCUUGAUAAAGGAAGCGGAGGAGUUAGAGGCAAUGGGAGAAUGUGAGAAAGCCGCCAUGGUUUUGAGGAAGGCGUUUAAAUUGUCACCGGCUAUUGAGGACUCAUACUGGGCAUAAAUUUCAUUCUAAUAUGUUUUUCAAGACAUGUUGUCGACCAAUGACUUAAAUAUUCCGAGAUAUUCCAAGAUAUCGGUAUAUGGUGUUCAAACGUAAUAUGACAGACGUUUUAGUUUGUAGAUAGAAUAUUGAUGUUAUGGCCGUUAGUGAGGUAGGACAUUACUUGGUACGUAUUUUCCCAUCGGAUUCCGUUUCCAUUCCUUUUAUAGAAAAGAUAGAUGCAUAAGUGCCGCUUCUCUUACUGCCCAUGACAUUUUGCGUCCUACGUAAAUUAUAUCAAUAGAAAUUUGAUUUGUUGAACAACUCUGUCUUGUAAACAGAGCCAUAGAAAAACGAUGUUAUGAAACUGAAUGAAAAAGUUUCAAAAACAUAAAUAAAAUGAGAAAUAUUAGAACGUAUCUAGACAUAUCUCGAUACACAACAGUACUUCGAAUGUGUGUUGGUAAGGAAGAAGCUUCUGUAUGAAUACAUUGUAUGAUAUGGUCUUGGUUGUUAGGGAGGAUACUUCUCUGUGACAACGUUGUGUGAUAUAGUUUGUUGUCUCAAUCUGUCAAGAUGUUUAUGUUAAGACAUUUUUUUAAUUUUUUUAUUUUGAUAUACAAAAACGACUUUUAAAUAUUUUUUGUAAUUUUAUGUAUAUCAACUACAUGAUUUAUUAAGAAGGAAUGGCCAAUCUAGGUCAUUUCUUCUCUGACCUACAAUUUGUGAUCAUAAAUGACAUUUUAAGCGACAAUUUUAACAAUAUUUAAAGAAGAAACGACUUUCUCCUUGCAAGCAAAUAUUGUUCCCAUUUAUAUGUUUAAAUGUAAUAUUUACAAGAAGUGAAGUCCCCAGUCUAUACCACACAAGUAACAGGGUUUCCUUGGGUAAACAUAAGCACGUCAGGAUAUCCUGAAAUGUCACACGGUAACUAGAUCGCUUAGAUAUAAUUAAUGUUUAUAUUAUAUAUAGUCAUUGGAGAUUGGGCCUGUUCAAAUGUCCCUUUCAAAGAACAACAUCCUUUAUUCAUAAAACUAUAUCUUGAAACUACAUUAGUUUUAGUUCUUCGUUUUAAGAACAGUAUGGGAAUGGAAGAUUUACUGAUGAUGUUUCACAAGCCAAAGAAUAGAAUAUCCAUUUGACAAAAUGAUACCCUAAAACUAAAUAUUUUAAUUUGCCCUUUUUGUGGACAAAUUUGACUUAAAAAACAACAAAAAUAAAGAAAUUUUAUUGAUAAUAAUGUCUAAAUUGAGGGUCUAAUCUAGGGAGUCUCCCACCGAAUAUGAAAGGUUAGCAAGUAUGCGAUUUUACCGCAUUAUCAUACCAUGUUUGUCAUCAAGGUUUAAACCUGUCGGCGAUAAACGAGGGCCUUGUUAACAACUGUUUGAGACCAAUUUAUUUCCUAAGCGAUAAAAGGACAACAAAACAUCUGGCGGUUUUUUUUCUGAAAAGCGUCAAGGCACACAGAGGUAUACACGCAUACUGAUACCUAAACUACCUGUGUAGCCGCUGUACAUUCACAAUGACUUGUUAUUACGAUGCUACGAUGGCCGACAAGAGCCUGGCAAAAUGAAAUGAAAAAACUGUAACACUUUUUUCAAUGGUACAGUUUUUUUUUUAUAUCUUUUUGUACCAUAUAAAAGUGUACCAUGGUACCUAAAACAAGUAAAAAUUCAAAUCAUUUUGUACUACAUGUGUUACAGAAAGAUUAUAAACUACUUAGGAAAAAACACAGCUUACAUUCACAUGUUUAUGUACCAAUAGCCGGUAUCAGCCGGCAAAAUGAUGUGAAAGGUUUUGUACCGCGUUACACUUUUUUCAUUUCUUUUUGUACCAUUUUUGAUACAAAAAGAUAUGAAAAAAGUGUACCAAGAAAAAAACGUUACAGUUUUUUCAAAUCUUUUUGUACCAUCUGUGGUACAAAAAGAUGUGAAAAAACUGUACCAUCAGAACAUCGGAAUGUCGUUAUCCAACAUCAUGACCAGGGCUGACCCGGCAUAGCAAAGGUUUGAUAACACCGUCACAACAAGCCGCAAAGUGUGUAAAUCACUUUUGAGGACACAAUAGUCGAGUCGAAACUAUAGUGUUAGUUUUGGGGUGUACCUUGGGGCUAAAAAUUAUCAAAUUAAACCUGUAUAAUGUCGUCAUUUCCAUUUUAGAGAUAAACAAUUGAACGAUUGAAA